AUGACGACAAAAAGCUGCCUGGAGGCGAUCAGGAGGUUUACGUCGAGAAGAGGUGUACCAUCUACGAUCAUCUCAGAUAAUGCAAAGACUUUUAAGCGUGCAGACUAUGAGCUUAGAAAGCUUGAAGAUUUGCUUAAAAAUCAUGAGGUGCGGCGUUUGGCGGCACAUAAAGGCGUCAAAUGGCAAUAUAUACCUGAGAGAGCAGCUUGGUGGGGCGGCUUCUGGGAGCGCCUCGUAAGGAGCGUCAAAUGUGCACUUAAGCCUGCUAUUGGCAAAGCCAAACUUUCAGCGAACGAGUUAGCUACAUUGUUGACGGAAAUCGAGAGCGUAAUCAACUCAAGGCCGUUAACCUACAUUACAAAUGAUCACAACGAUCUGGAGCCACUGACUCCAGCUCACUUUCUGAACAAUUUUAAUUCUCUUUUAUACUCCACAGAGUUACCAGUAACACAAGCGUCGCUGACUCAGUCUUGGUAUUUGCAGCAGUCAUUGCUUAAACGUUACUUAAAGCGGUGGCACAAGGAUUAUCUUAACCAGCUUCGAUCCAUACACCAUUGCAAGAACGGGCCAAGUCGCAAUAUUAAUGAAGAUGACAUAGUAUUCGUGUAUGAUGAGCUCAAAUCAAGACUUUUGUGGAAAAUUGGUAUCGUCAAAGCUACAUACAUGGGCAGAGACGGUCGCAUAAGAGCAUGUGAUGUGGAACUGGCAAAUAAGCAAAUUUUAAGGCGGUCUGUGCAGCAUUUGUAUCCGCUCGAGAUUGCAACAACAUUUCCCGGGGCGCAGGAUGUAGAAAUCACAAAAUACGAGAUUAACAUACUAACACAAACACAUUUCAUUUACAUUUAA